AUGCCUAAUGUUUUGGGGCUCGGAUCCCGCCAGUCGUCCGCUCGUGGAGCCGCAGGGGGGGGAGGACCAGGGGAAAUACCUGGUGCGGGUUCCGGUCCUUCACGCACGGGUACACCGCUAUCGCAGCGGACCAACUCACUCAGGGGAGAACGGGAGGGAAGCCGUAGGGGCCAAACACCACCAAUGCCCCAACAACCCGAAGAAAAGUAUAUUGUCUAUUUGAGAUUCCCGUUUGCGAGGAACGGGUUUGUCGAUCCGCCGCAGGUUGGUACUCUGCUCUGGUGAAGUCUGGAGAUGGGAUGGAGCUCUAACUAUAGGUAGGUGGAUUGGGACGCUGGGAAGGAAAGGCACCUCUGGAAAGUCCUUUCCCGGAGCAAUCGGAACGCGGACUUGGAUUGUGAAUUCCCUUCAACCCCCUACCCACGAUUUGACCGCCUGCUAAUGGUUGACAAGGGAAUGCACUGUGAGAGCACGAUCCAUCGUCCUAGCAGAUCCUCUUACGGCUAACAUGGUCCAUCCAACUGCAGUGCUAGCCACCUUCAAGUUUCUCGUGCAUUUCUACUCCAACAAGCUGCAUGGCUUUACGAGCGUGAGCUCUCUCAGAUUCAAGCUCAGAUGCGAAGGGCCGGGGGGGCCAUUCUAAACACCAACCUGAGCUUCCCUACGCCCCCCUCUCCGCGGCCACAAUCACCAGCUGUCAUGGGUGGUGUCCCAAUGGCGAGGACUGGAACUGCUGGAACAGGUGUGCUUCCCUUCCCGUCGGCUGUAGCCAUGACAAACGGCGUUUAUACAAAUGAAUAUAGCGGACUUGAGAGUUCACUCAUCGCUCUCAGUUCGAUCAAAUCCAAUUACAACCCCAACCCCACGAACUACGCCCCUCCCUCCAACUCCGACUACCACUACUAGGCGUAGGUUUUCAGAGCACCUACCUGAUGAAAAAUGGCUAAACUUAGGACAGCCGUUGCCCAGCCUAUGUCACGAACAGGCUCUGCUCGCACGGCGACCCAAGUGACCGCGGCACAUCGCCUCUCCAGUCAUGUGCCCGCCGAACCGGCUCGGGCUCCAUCUCUUGCUCGGAGGCCGUCCUCAUCAGAAGUUUCCGAGGAAGAGAUCGAAUCCCCAACCACCGGCUCAUCUGAUGAGGAUGACGAUGACGAUGAUACUGAUCAACCUCUGCGCAGACUCCAGGGCUUCCUGCAGAAGAACCGUGGAAUGAGCUCUGACGAAGAUGAGGGCGAUGAUGAGCCAGCGUUUCUGCCUUUCGCUCCUACCGAGAAGCCUUCAGGUGCUGGGGAAGCAAAUAUGACAGAGACCGUUGUAUUGCCUAGGAGACGUUUGGCCGGCGCGAUGUCUGGGAAGGGGAAAGAAGUCAACAGAUCUGUCACCUCCCCAGCACUUGAGGCUGCCUUGAAAAAGAAGGUUCCUGCUGCCAUGGGCAGCCCCAGGAAAUUCUCUGUGACUGACAGUGCGGGACCUAGCUCGCCAAGCAUGGGUAGUAGUUUUAGCGAUCUUUCUGGUAUGUGUAUUAUAUCUACCGUCUGAUCUAAAUACUGACACCUCAUAGACACGAGCGUUACGCAGUCGGCAAUGGAAGAUGCCUACCUAAGCACUAUGCAAGCUGGUGGUAUGGGAAGCAGAAUGUCUAGCCUGAGUCAGGCUGUUAGAAGUCGGUAUUUUCCUACAUCCAAUUAGCCUGGUUGAAUUCAGAGUGCGUCAGCUUUUUUGUCAUCUCUCCCUUUCACAUCUUACCUUUGGCCUCAUGUUUCUCUAUUGCUUUUCUUAGUCCGCUUCUAUUACCCUUGGCUUCUUGAAAGGGGCCAAUUUUGUGAAUUGGGUGAAAAUGUAUAGUUGUUCCCCACAAGAAAUUUUACGAUUUACAAUCUUCAGAUAGAGUGCGUUCAGAGACAAACAAUUGAUUAAAAUGAUUUGCCACUGCAAGCCAUCGUACUGAUUCACUAACAUUCUUAUCAUAGCUGAGAUACCCCCCUAUGUUAACACCCCUGAUGCGGUUCCCGCGCGGAACCUUAGGAUUAUCGGGCGGCGGACCAAACUGGAGAAGGAAAAUUGGAAUGUCACCUCACUUCAUGGGGGUAGACGUGGUUGA